AAUGUUCCAAAUCAUAUAAUCGUAUGAACAAUAGGCAAGUCAUCUCUGGUCCAAGAAUCUUGAUAUGUUGAAACAAAUUAAGAUCCCCAUCCUUAAAGAAAAUGAAGAUCUCAAGUAGGCAUUAGAAACUUUAAAACAAAAUGAUAUUCAAAAUAGUGUGUAUGGCCAAUUAAAGGAGUAUGACUAAGUUCAAAAGCCAAAGCCUAAGCUCAUUGAUUUAAAACACAUUAAUAGGGAUUCCAAUUUUUAAGAAGAAUUCCUAUCAAAAGUAAAUGAAUUUAGUCUAUCCUGGCGACAAGAAGUGCAAUAGCUAAAAUAAUUAUGA